GAAGACACAAGCUGUUACCACAUUUGUUAGUUGAGUUUGCACUAAAAGUUUGCUGUCUUAUUAUCCAUUUUUAUCUAUAUAUUUUUCGUUUAUUUUUCCACCUUAUAAUUCCCCCUUAUAUUUGGCAAGUUUCUAGUUUCAUUUUUUUUCCAAUUUUAAGAUUGGCGUUCUUUUGCAGUCUGAUCCACUUGGCUACUUUGAUAUAUUGUAAAUUUGGAUUCUUUGGUUAAAAAUUGGCAAGUGGGUAUUUUAGUUUUUGAUUCUUGAGGCAAUUUCUGAUCUGGGUACUGGAGAUUUUGUUUCUUGAAUGAGAAUUUGGAAAUGGGUAAUUGAUUGUUUGAUGAAGGAAUUGAAUUGGGUUAUGGAGGUUUUGGUGUGUCGAUGGUUUUGUUUCUGAAGGAGAGUUGGGGAACGUUUUGUUUGGUCGGUGAAAGAAUUAAAUAGGAUCUUCCAAUUGGAGUUCUGUGAUGGAUGCUUGUUUGGUUUCUUGAAGUUCACGAGAUCUUUAAGUAAUUUGAAAAAGGAAGAAAACAAUCGCAUUCAGAUUAAGUUUUGUUUUUUAAUGGAGGGGUUAAAGAGGGAGUAGUUAAAUUCUUUCGAUUUUUUUUUUAAAAAGAAUUAACAGGAGUCCUCUCCUCUUUGUCUCUCUCUCAAUUAGCAUCAAAACCAGUGAGAUUCGUGCGGUUACAACCAAUUGUUAUGAAAAUUAUGUGAGAAAGAUUCUGUUUUGUUCAGGGUUGUUACUCGUUUGGUUGAUGCGAAGAAUUUUAUGCGCAAAAGAAGAUUACUUUCUUGUAUUUUACAUUAUCCUCGUACACUUCCUAUGAUUGCUUUAAGGUUUUGAAGAAUUAGAAGUCUUUUGUACUGUUCCAUUUAUCAGUAUUCAGGGUCUUUACAAGGGGAAAAAGAUGAAGUUUCUAAGCAUCGUAGGUAAUUCAUUUGGGUGUUCGGCUUCUGGGGAGCGUUUAGUUUCGGCUGCAAGAGAUGGUGAUCUUCAAGAAGCCAAGGCCUUGUUGGAAUACAACCCAAGGCUGGUGAGGUAUUCAACUUUCGGUGUGCGAAAUUCACCUCUUCAUUAUUCUGCAGCCCAGGGCCACCAUGAGAUAGUUUCACUUCUGAUCGAGUCUGGGGUGGAUAUUAAUCUCAGGAAUUAUCGUGGUCAGACUGCUUUGAUGCAAGCUUGUCAACAUGGUCACUGGGAGGUUGUUCUGACCUUAAUUCUUUAUAAAGCCAAUAUUCACAGAGCAGAUUAUCUGAACGGGGGUACUGCACUCCACUUGGCCGCUUUAAAUGGUCAUUCUCAAUGUAUCCGGCUACUUCUUGCAGAUUACAUUCCUGGUAAGCCCAAUGUUUGGAACAGGUUAAGGAAAAAGUCAAACGAAGAUGAAUUGAUCUUAGAAUUCAAUGAAAGUGCACUCCAUGAAGUAAUUAAUAGAACGUCUGAUGGAGGAAUUACUGCUCUUCAUAUGGCAGCACUAAAUGAACAUGUUGAAAGCGUUCAUUUACUCUUGGAUUUAGGGGCUUCUGUUUCUGAGGUCACUGUGGAAGAUGGAACUACAAUUGAUCUUAUAGGAGCUGGGAGCACACCGCUUCAUUACGCUGCGUGUGGUGGUAAUGCUCAAUGUUGUCAACUUUUGAUUGCCAUGGGAGCAAGUUUGACUGCUGAAAAUGCAAAUGGAUGGACUCCUUUGAUGGUUGCUCGUUCAUGGCAUAGAAGUUGUCUCGAGCAGAUUCUAAGUACUCAGCCAGAAUGUCAAUUAGAGGUUCUUCCUUCACCAUAUCUGUCUCUUCCCCUUAAGAGCAUUGUCAAGAUUGCUAGAGAAUGUGGAUGGAGGAAUAGCACUUCUGUACCCACAUGCCAAGAUCCUUGCGUCGUUUGUUUAGAAAGAGUGUGCACAGUAGCAGCAGAAGGUUGUGAUCACGAGUUCUGCACACAAUGUGCCCUAUAUCUCUGCUCGACAAACUGCACCUCAACCGUCUCGAAAGGCCCCCUUGGCUCAAUUCCCUGUCCUCUUUGCCGGCAUGGCAUAGUUUCAUUUGAGAUGCUGCCGGAGACAAAACCAGUCAAGGACAUUGCAAGAACAAGUGCAGCCCUGGCAUUUUGCACCUGUUCAGGACCAGGUGACAUAACAGAAUCAACUUCACUAACAACAGCCUUCUGCAAGCCAGGUUUCGACUGCUCCCGAAUCACACCUCUUGGUAGCCUAAGUUGCCAGAAGUUCCCAUCAAUAAAACUCAACUCCAGUUUUUGCAUGGGAGCCCCAGAAACUAGUUCUUCAUUAGUUUCUCGUACGGUUGACCGGAACAGACUUGACAACCAUUUGGUAAGGUAUUCAAAAUCGAAUUUUAGACGGUCAGUCUCCAACAACGAGCGGCGAAGGUCAUGGUUUUCUGCACUCAAUCAGUAUGUAGCUACAGGCAGUGGAUGCUAAAAAGUUUUUUUAUCACAGCUUUUUCAUAUCCCAAUACUUGUUUUUUUCUUCCAAAUAUUAAACUUGAUUCUUUCAAUUAUAAAGAUAAUUGGGUUUGUAAAUA